AUGCUGGGUUUUCGAUACCUACACACCCGCUACAAAACAUGGUUCCGCAUUUUAUGGGCGUUCAUCCUGUUCUUCUUCCUCGGGCUGACCAUCUACCAGGUGACGGAUCGCAUCAGCUACUAUUUUAUUAGAAACCCCUUAAAAACACAACGGAUCUAUGACACGCCGACCGAGAUGCCAUUUCCUACCGUCAUCAUUUGCAACAAACUGCAAAUCAAGGCCUCAGCGCUAGCCACAAUGGCCCCGGGUCUUCUCUCGUUGAUGGCCGAGCUCAGCGAAGAUGACGGCACCGUGACGGCUGAUCAAAAAUUGAUCUGUGAAUACGGCAAAGCCCGCUCUUGCUUCGAUGACAUCCGUCCCAUUUUCACCCCCAAAGGGGUCUGCUACGAGGUGGCCCCGAAUAUGACUGUACGCAGGCCAGUCUACAGCGAGGGUAUACAUCUUGAAGCCGGAAAGGUCGUGACAAUCCCUGUAAAUGACGUCAGAAAGCUGUUUCGCUACGAAUCCGAGUGCGGGCGACGUGGCGUCGGCCCCUUCAACCGUACGCAGUAUUCGCGGGGAGCCUGCCAAUGGGCCCGACAGGCUGAAGCCGUAGAAAAGCUGUGCGGCUGCCGACCGGCCAUCAGCCCCCAUCAUCGGGCCAAGUUUUUCGCGGCUGACUCGGAUGAAAAUCCGCAUUUUGAUAAUAAUAUUCCGGCGGCACCGCAUAUGAAGAAGAAGAAGCGCCGUACCAAGGCCCCGCCCCCAUGUACGAUACGGCAGGAAUACGAGUGCGCUUUGAAUGUUACGGUAGGCCGCCUCAAUCCAAAUGACAUCGAAUCUCUGCUGCCCUCGGAUUGGGAGGAUAUUAAGGAAAGGAAAAUCGAUCGAAUCCAGCCGGCCCUCGAGCUGAUCCCGAACCACCGGAUCCCCGUCGUGCGCUCCGUGCAGCAGCUGGCUAGCGAGGCCGGCAAUUUUUUGGAUAUGGCCAUUAAAAUCCUGAACGUCACCUCGUCGAACAGCUCGCUAGUACCAUGCCUCGUCAUGGACGGAAUCCGCGUAGCCGACCGGACGAUCGGGCAAAUCUUCACGCGCGAGCGGAUCUGGCGUAACAUCGAGACCUACCUCGAACUCGUUUUCCCCCACAACAUGGAGGCGAUUUUCGGGGUGCUUGGGCUGCAUAUGACUCCAAAUUACACCCUGGAAUAUGUGGAACUUGGAGGGAGGGUUGAUGAUCGAUUGCUGGAUACUGCCCUGCAUAACAUUGACCAGAUCGAGAUUUCUCUCCGGGACCCAGCUACCGUAUUCGGGCUCAAAUCGAUGGAUCCGCAUGAUAGGGCGCCGGUUGUGCACGCAGUCCGUCAUCUCUUCGUCGAGGCCGGGGUCUGCCUGUCCAAGGUUUCAGACGAAAUAAAUCGGCUUGAAUCUUCAGAAUCCACACUUCGUACCCUUAUCUACCAAUGCAGGACGGACUUUGCCGCUCAAUACGAAAUGUUGGCCGAGUCACACCGCUUCAUGACGAGCUUGGAUUCACAUGUAUUCUCCGACUACGAAACUAUGGUUUAUCGCCUCACCUCAGCCCUGCAACGCGUUCGUUUCCAGACCCACCCUAAGAUCUUCAACUGGCACGACCACCGCAUCCAUUUGCGUGACUUUGUCCAGUUGUACAAGGAAGGCGGAAAAGACCACCAAGAGAUGGGAGAGCUGAUGAAGUUAAGAAAAAUCAUCAACCUCGAUUUGGCGGAAGCCGUCCACCACCUGCGCCAGAUGAAGCAGUGCAUGAAGGACAUUGUGCCGAAGCUGCAGCCGUUGCGGCGUUCCCCAUUCGUGCGUGCCGAGUGGAUGUCACGACUCGAACGGCUAGUAGAGCAGGCGCAGGCCUAUUCACCGGGGAUACAGUACGAUCGCGUAAACCUCCUCCACGUCAAGCUCUACUACGCCCACUUCAAGCAAGAAAUCAUUCGCCAAGAAAAGUCAUACAACCUCUUUCUCCUUCUUGCCGAGAUUGGUGGCACGAUCGGGCUCUACGUCGGGGCGACGCUGCUCACCGCCGCCGAGACGUUCGUGUUUUUCAUUGAGAAAAAGACUCGGCGCAUCUUGUUGAAGCCACAGUUUUGC